CGGGGCCGUUUGCUGCGGUCAUGGCUUUCAGAGAGCGCCCGCCGCGAAGGCCGGCAGCCCGCGCCGACUUCGAGAUCGCCAUCAUCUGUGCCCUCGUGCACGAGGCCGAUGCCGUCAAGGCCCUCUUCGAUCACCACUGGGACGAUAAUGAGGGUGAAGACCAGGAUAGCGACACCAAUAAACAGCCCUACGACAAAGCAUCGGGCGAUCCAAAUGCCUACUCGACAGGGACGAUGGGCCGGCACAACGUCGUGCUCGUGCACAUGCCGGGCAUGGGCAAGACGAGCGCCAGCAUGGCCGCGGCUUAUUGCAAGACGAGUUUCCCGAACAUCAGGCUCGCCCUCAUUGUUGGGGUGUGUGGCGCUGUCCCGUUCUACGGCCCUGGCGACGCGAGGACCGAGAUUGUGCUUGGCGACGUCGUCGUAAGCAGCGGCGUGGUCCAGCAUGACCUUGGCAGACGGUAUCCAGACCGGUUUGAGCGCAAGGACACGCUUCUUGACUCGUUGGCGCGACCAACCCUCGAGAUCAGGAGUAUGCUGGCAAAGCUGCAAGGCCUUCGUGAUCAGCAGGUCUUUCAAGCAAAGCUGGAGCAUUACUUGGCUCUAUUGCAAAAGCAACCGAUCCUGGCAGCACAGUAUCCGGGGAAAGAGCAUGACCGACUGUUCGAACCCACGUACCAUCACCUCGACAGAGACAAGACCUGCAUCCAGUGCGGAUGCGACGGCCCAUUGCUAUCGAGGAAUCGGCUUGCUUUAGAAAACAAUGACAGCAGCUGUCGUCCCAGAGUGCAUUUCGGCCUGAUUGCAUCAGGUGAUACUGUCCUCAAAUCAGGCGAGGAACGCGACAGAAUCGCCCGGGAGGAGGGCAUCAUUGGCUUCGAGAUGGAGGGCGCCGGGGUCUGGGACAUCUUCCCCUGCCUGGUGAUCAAGGGGGCUUGCGACUACGCGGACAGCCACAAGAGCAAAGCCUGGCAGCACUAUGCGGCGGCCAUAGCAGCGGCUUGUGCAAAAGCGUUCCUGGAUUCGUGGGUACCUCGAUCAGCAGCCGCCCCAGCAGCAGCUCCCGCCCUUGCAACCCGUUCAGCUUGUGUUGUCUGCCUUCCGUUGAUGCGCAACAAGAACUUCACCGGACGUACGGCAGUACUAGAAGAGAUACGGACGAAGUUAUUCGAUCAGGAAGAGUGUCGGAGACUCGCUAUCGUGGGUCUUGGGGGUGUCGGGAAGACACAGAUUGCCCUGCAGUUUGCACAUUGGAUGCAACAGAAUAAGCCCGAGUACCACAUUUGCUGGUUGCCUGUCUCGAGCAUCGGAGCAUUCGAUCAGGCGUACCUUGAUUUCGGGGCAAGACUGGGUGUCACUAUCGACGCGAAGCUGGAGGAGCCGAAAGAAACCAUUCGAAAUUACUUGUGCUCUGAAAGCGCAGGAAAGUGGCUCCUCAUAGUCGACAACGCAGACGACGCCGGGCUAGUACUCGGAUCAUCAGGCAUUGAAGACUAUCUGCCCGAGAGCGAGCAUGGCCUCCUUCUUUUUACGACGAGGUCUUGGGGAGUCGGUUGCGAGAUGGCUGGGUCGGAUGUGAUCAAGUUGGAUGAGAUGGAACCCCACGAAGCCAGAGACCUUUUGGCCAAGUCUCUGAUACGGAAGCCGACCACAAACGAAGACGCAACAGACAAACUCCUGCAACAACUCACAUUCCUUCCACUAGCAAUCACGCAGGCCACAGCAUACCUAAACCGGAACCAAGUAUCUAUCAAGCAAUAUCUCCACCUGCUCAACAGCGCUGAUCAAAACAUGGUUGAGCUUAUGAGCAGGGAGUUUCGGGAUAGCACAAGGUACCGUCAUUCGAAUAACGCGGUGGCGACCACUUGGCUUGUCUCUUUUGAGCAGAUACAGAAGUACAGCAAGGCGGCAGCCGGUCUGCUGGCAUUCAUCUCAUGUGUUGAGCCGAAGUCGAUUCCACGAUCGAUGCUACCCAAGGCGUCUACGGAGGUUGAGACUGUCGAGGCCCUGAGCAUGCUGUUGGGAUAUGCGUUUCUAGUCGACCGUGGGAAUGGCGAGGUGUACGAUAUGCACAGUCUUGUGCAUCUCGCAACAAGACUAUGGGUCGAGAAGCAAGGGCAGUCUGACGAACAAGUCCUUGGGGGAAUCCGACAUCUUGGACGGGUCCUGCCGAGCUCUGACGCCAAUAUAAGCAGUCGGCGUGAGUGGCGACUCUACCUUCCGCACGCAGUCCGUUUACUCGCGACAAAACUAACGCAUCCCGUGCGUUACGGGCCAGAACUCACUUACAGGGUGGCACGCCAGUUGAUACACCAGUUUCGGUUUACCGAAGCUCUGCCAUACCUGCAAAAUGCGUAUGAGCAGGUGAAAGACAGCCGACCUCCAACAGAUCGAUGCCGAUCUGCGAUCGAAACAUGUCUAGCCCGUGCUUAUGCCUUCCACGGCAUGCAUGCUAAGGGUAUAAGUCUGAUGCAGGAUCAUGUCGACUUCUAUGCAAAGUUUGAUAGCACAAAUCCUGCCCGUCUGGCAUUUCAACUUAUCCUUGGAGACAUUCAUCUGAAAAACGGGCAGGUCGAAAAGGCUAUUACGCUCUUGGAAGAAGUUGUGGCGGAGGAGAGGCUAGUGCUGCCCGAACAAAAUCCCAGUCGACUCGACUCGGAGCGCCGGCUGGCAGGUGCAUACCUGCAAGCAAAUCGUUUCGCAGACGCAGAGGAGCUCCUUGUUCACGUGGUCGAAAACGAGAAGCUCACAAUGGACGCCGGCGACAAAAGGUUGCUUGAAGGGCAGAUGGAUCUUGCGGACACAUACAUAAUUGCCGCUCAGCCUGAAAAAGGAACGCAGAUACUAGAAGAGCUCAACAAGAUUGCCAGAGAAAGAUUGGAUGCGAUAGAUAUCCUCCGGCUCCAGAUAGAGGAUAAGCUGGCGCAAGCAUUCAUGGCUUCAGGGCGCACAGAACAGGCUAUUGAGCUUCUCGAGUCUAUUGUGGACAUGCGCGAGCUACAGUUGCCUGAGGAGGAAUUAUGCCAUGAUCUCACAAGAGAAUGGCUUGCAGACGCAUACUCGACAGCAGGUCAGCCAAAUGAGGCGAUCCGCUGCCUCGAGCUGCAGCUUGAGUAUGACCGCGCUGCGAUGAGAGAGACAAUCCCACGUCGGGUUGAGCUCAAGAAUAGGCUCGCGGGAUUAUAUCUCGGCGUUGGGAGGCCACAGCCGGCAAUUGAGCUGCUGGAGAAUGUUGACGCGGAAGAUAGCACAGUCUUAGAUGACCUUGACGAGGCUAGUUUUACAAGCAGGUUCAUGUCGCGCCACUGGCUUGCACGGGCGUACGUGGCCGGGAGGCGGGCUGAGGAGGCGGUCCAUGUUCUCGAAGAUCUUGUAGCAUGCAAAAACCAUGCUUACGGGCCAAAGCAAGAUCAGAGGACACGGGAAGCAUUAGUAUGGGCCAGGCGCAACGUCCAACGCGGGAAGUAACGCUUCAUGGACCAAGGAUGCCGCUAUGAACAUCUCCUAUCCCACCAUCACAGGUCUUUUGUUGCAUCAAGUCAAAUUGACAGACUCACAUGACGUUCUACGGCCAUUCGGAGCGAGUUGGCCACAAGAAGCGACAAUCUCUAUGCGGCCGCGUGC